AGUGGAUUUAUUUCAAUGUACGUUGAAAUAGACAGCAAAAGCUUAACACCACCAAAUGAGAUUUCCGUCGUAGAACUCCGUUUUUUUGUCUACAACAAGAAGAAAAACAAGUACUUUACUAUUCAAGAUGUGGAAGUAAAGCGGUUCAAUGCACUUAAAACGGUGUGGGGUUGGGGGCGAGUUCUUUUGUAUGAUACUUUCAAUAACCAUGGAAAUGGAUACAUCUUCGAAGGUGAUCAAUGCGAGUUUGGUGUUAAUGUCAUAGUUUCUCCACCCCCUACCAGAAUGGAAAUCCUUUCUUUUCAUGAUAAAAUUCCUUAUCCCAAGUAUUUAUGGACUGUCAAGAAGUUUUCUGAGUUGAUAGAAUAUGUUCACAUAUCUAACUCUUUUUCAAUGGGAGCAAUGGAAUGGUUUCUAAAGCUCUAUCCAAAGGGCUUCUCUAGAGCCGAUGGCAAAUGGUUAUCCGUUUUUCUCCAUUUAGCUGACAGUCAUGCACCAAAAGCAGAUGAGAAGAUUUUCAUGCAAGGACAUGUGCGACUUCUUGACCCACUUGGAUCUAAUCACUGGGCACGGCAGACUGGGGACUGGCACAUUGAAUCAAACAACGGUUGGGGUUGGGAUCAGUUUUUGUCUUUAGAUAAACUUCGGAAGGUUUACUUGGAUAAAGAAGAUGCGUUGAAUAUUGAGAUCGAAUUUCAAGUGGUUUCGGCUACCAAAUAUUUCCCCAUUAUUUAA